AACUGAAGGAAGGAUUAACAAUUAGCAGAUAUACAAGGACCUGUCACCAUUCUAUUGCGUUUGUUCAGACUCACAGUGAAGUUGGGACGUUGUCCAAAUCCAAAUUGUUCCUGAAAUUUGAAGCAAUUUUUGUUACCGUAAUUCCUACAGAUCCACUGGUUCUCCAAUUUCCCGAGAAAGUGUGAGAAAACAAUGGAGAAGAUGCAGAAGGCCAUCGAGAAAGUCAAGUUAGUGGUGGGAAUGGAUGUGGAAGAUGACGAACAGCGAGCUCCAGCAUUAGAGGAGGGCAAUUCAUUCGCCUUCAUGGAUGAAUUCAACCGAAACUGCACUUUGUCCACCGAACAGAGAUUGCAUGGUUUCGUCAUAUGCUUUGUUGCUGGUUUAACUUGCACACUAUUGUCAAUGCUUGUUUUCCUCAAUCCAGUCAAGUUUGGGAUAACAUUCACUCUUGGUAAUUUGCUUUCACUUGGAAGCACAGCAUUCCUCAUUGGUCCUAAACGACAAUUGACAAUGAUGCUUGAUCCUGUUCGUAUUUAUGCAACAGCAGUAUUCCUGGCAAGCAUUAUAAUUGCUUUGAUUUGUGCACUUUAUGCUCAUAACAAGCUACUGACACUUCUGGCCAUUAUUUUGGAGUUUGGAGCCCUAGUUUGGUAUAGCUUGAGCUACAUUCCUUUUGCCAGAUCCAUGGUUUCCAAGAUCCUGGUUUCUUGCUUUGACACUGAAUUUUAGGCUGCACUUGAAAAUUGAAAACUCUAGCUUAGUCCAAUGAGCUACAUAGUUUUGCUUGAUAAUUUUGCUGUGCUACAGAAAUCAGGUUUGGUUUUGGCUGACUAAUUGAGAUUCACCAGUGCCUGUCCCUCAUUUUCUGUAGUAUUUUGUGAAUUGUCUUGGAUCGGUGGAAGCAAAAUCUUGUGCAUUUGUGUUUUGUUGUCUAUGAAUCCAUGUCAAGGCUUGUCUCAA